AUGAUUUACUCUUCCGGAAGAGAAUCCUUCUUCAACCUGAACUCCACCUGGUACGACCCCUCGGGCUCCUGGCUGGACACGCGGCGCACGCCCUUCCGCUACGGCUACGCCACCUGCUGCUCCUCGGGCUGCCAGGGCGAGGGCGUGGAGGGCAUGAGGGGCCACAACUACCGCCACUACGGCUACCGGCAGCCCCGCUGCGCCGAGCGCUGCCACGGCUACUCCAGCUCCUCGGGCUCGUGCCACGGAGGGGGUGGCAGCUGCGUCAGGAGGCCCACGUACAGCUACGGGGCAUCAGGAGGGUGCCAGGGCUACGGGAGGUCCGUGUGCGCCGAGAGGUGCCAGGGCUCCUCGGGCUCGUGCCACGGAGGGGGCGGCAGCUGCGUCAGGAGGCCCACGUACAGCUACGGGGCAUCAGGGGGGUGCCAGGGCUACGGGAGGUCCGUGUGCUCCGAGAGGUGCCACGGCCCAGUGGCCCAGGGUGGGAAGCCAUGCUGUAGGGAGCCCGUGCAGAGCAUCCCAGUGCAGAGCUGUCCCCCCCCAGUGCAGAGCAUCCCAGUCCAGACCUGUCCCCCCCCAGUCCAGACCUGUCCCCCUCCAAUCCAGACCUGUCCCCCUCCAGUCCAGACCUGUCCCUGUCCCUGUCCCCCUCCAAUCCAGCAGGGCUGUGUGCCCGUGGCCAAGGGCAUCCCCCGCCAGCAGCAGAAGCAGGUCUGCAAAGUGCCCGCCCGCAAGAUCAAAUAA